AUGUUUCCACUACGUCUACGAGUUCAAGCCGAUCGUCAGCUACGACCAAGGCCGUCAGAUUCGCUUUUGGAAGCAUUAUCCCUUGUACUUCUUUCUAUCCCUUCUUCUCGUCGCCGUAAACUUCACUACUUGAUACGGUUCAUGAACAAACUCUCAGCUAAUCACUGCCUACAACUUGACGAAUUGCACUCUAAUCGGGAGGCGGUGCUGAGAGGUCUGUCUAGGUGUAUAGUAUCUCUUCGUGGAUCUCCUACAAUAACUGCUCCGCAACGUGCUCACCUUGUCUCGAUUCUCCUAGACCAUGAGAAAAAGGUUUUCGGUGUUCCAAAAGGUCUGGUUUCAGAAGUCGAGGAAGCUAUUCGUGAACGUCAACGUGAAAAG